UCUCUGAGUAGCACCAUGGCGGUUGGCAAGAAUAAGCGCCUUAUGAAAGGCGGCAAAAUGGGAACCAAGAAGAAAGUGGUUGAUCCAUUUUCUAAAAAAGAUUGGUAUGACGUGAAAGCACCUGCUAUGUUCAACAUAAGAAAUAUUGGGAAGACACUGGUUACCAGGACUCAAGGAACCAAAAUCGCGUCCGACGGCCUUAAGGGCUGUGUGUUUGAAGUGAGCCUGGCAGAUCUGCAGAAUGACGAAGUCGCAUUUAGGAAAUUCAAGCUAAUUACUGAGGACGUUCAGGGCAAAAACUGCCUGACUAACUUCCAUGGCAUGGAUCUCACCCGUGAUAAAAUGUGUUCCAUGGUCAAAAAAUGGCAGACCACGAUUGAAGCUCAUGUCGAUGUCAAGACUACCGAUGGUUAUUUGCUUCGUCUCUUCCGUGUUGGGUUUACUAAAGAAUGCAACAAUCAGAUACGGAAGACCUCUUAUGCCCAGCAUCAGCAGGUCCGCCAAAUCCAGAAGAAGAUGAUGGAAAUCAUGACCCGGGAGGUGCAGACAAAUGACUUGAAAGAAGUGGUCAAUAAACUGAUUCCAGACAGCAUCGGAAAAGACAUAGAAAAGGCCUGCCAGUCCAUCUACCCUCUUCACGAUGUCUUCGUCAGGAAAGUCAAAAUGCUGAAGAAGCCCAAGUUUGAAUUGGGAAAACUCAUGGAGCUUCAUGGUGAAGGUAGUAGCUCUGGAAAAGCUACUGGGGAUGAGACGGGUGCCAAAGUUGAACGAGCUGAUGGAUAUGAACCAUUAGUCCAAGAAUCUGUUUAA